AUGACAAAUAAACCGAAGGUUCUCUUCCUGGGUAACACCAAGCAGGCUCAAGAGGAGUUCGACUCGCUCUCUGAGAUUGUAGAGGUCAUCUGGCCCAAAUCAACAGAUCGAGCUGGUUUCUUAGAAGAGAGCAAGUCUGGCGCAUUUGAUGGAAUCGAGGCUAUCUACCGCACAAACAAGACUUAUAGCACCGCUGGCAUGUUUGAUGCCGAGUUGCUCGACAACCUACCCAAGACACUCAAGUUUAUUUGCCACAACGGUACGGAUCCAUCAAUCAUUCGAAUCACAAAUAGUACAAGUUUGCUGACUAUUGUAGGGGCUGGAUAUGAUCAAAUUCACGUCCCAGAAUGUACUUCUCGUGGUAUCCGUGUUUCCAAUACGCCAACGGCUGUGGAUGAUGCAACAGCGGAUAUAACAAUCUUCUUGCUCAUCGGUGCUUUAAGAAAUCUCUCAUCUAGCAUCUUUACUCUGCGUGACGGCACUUGGCGUGGUAGCCCUGCACCCUUACUCGGCCACGAUCCGCAAGGCAAAGUGUUGGGGAUCCUGGGAAUGGGUGGUAUAGGUCGUAAUGUCGCCCGCAAAGCUCGUGCUUUUGGCAUGAUCGUCAAGUACUAUAACCGCAGCCGUUUAGCUCCAGAACUAGAAGGCGAGGCUGAGUAUGUUGACUUUGAGACUCUUCUCAAAGAAAGCGAUGUGUUGAGUCUCAACCUACCCCUGAACCCCAAGACACGACAUACAAUCGCGAAGCCUCAGUUCGACAUGAUGAAGCACGGUGUUGUCAUCGUCAAUACUGCUCGUGGUGCUGUAAUGGACGAAGCUGCUCUUGUCGAUGCCCUCGAGUCAGGACAAGUUGCCAGCGCCGGACUCGAUGUUUUCGAGAAUGAACCUGAGAUCCAUCCAGGUUUGGUGAGCAACAAAAACGUACUGCUUGUCCCGCACAUGGGGACUUGGACAGUGGAAACCGAAAGAGCAAUGGCGGCAUGGGCUUUUGACAAUAUUCGUCUAGCAUUGACAGAGGGAAAGCUGAAGAGUAUUGUGCCAGAGCAGAAUGAUCUGCAAUAG